AGUGCAACAAUUUCAUUGAGUGGGGUGGAGGAGGAGUAUGAAGGCUCAUUGACUACUGAGCUGUGAGCUCUUGGGACGGGACAACACUUUCUGCCCAGCAGAGAAUAGUAUUAUUGGAAAAGUUUUUCUCUUGAAAGCAUGUCCAAAUAUAAGCCAUGGCAGGUUGGUUGCUGUCUCUGUAUCGGUUUAUUUGGUUCGAUAAUAUCCAUCUGUCUCUGCAUACUAGCCUUCGGCGUAUUUAUCAACCGAGGAUGCUCCGAGGACACGUACAAGCACGCGGCGGUUUCUGCGGACUCUAAACUUUGCUCGGACAUUGGCAGAGAUAUACUGCAACAAGGAGGAUCGGCAGUAGAUGGCGCCAUUGCAGCUCUGUUGUGCACCUCACUGGUCAACCCUCAGAGCAUGGGCCUGGGAGGAGGCUCCAUAUUCACUGUUAGGGACGAAACUGGCACGGUGAAAACCUUCAGUUCGAGAGAGACUGUUCCACAGUCAUUCAAAGCUGAUCUGCUGAAGGGCUGUCCCACUUCUGUCACAUUUAUCACAGGUAGUCAGUGGAUUGGCGUUCCUGGAGAGUUGCGUGGGUAUGAGGUGGUUCACAGAAUGUAUGGGAAGCUGCCCUGGGCCAAGCUGUUUGAGCCCACCAUUAGACUGGCCAGAGAAGGAUUUCCUCUGCCACCCUUCCUGGGAUACCUCCUUAACAUCACACUCAUAGGAAACCUGGUGAAAGCAACAUCACUCUGUGAAGUGUUCUGCCACAAGAACAAGAAGGUGCUGGGCAUAGGAGACACAUUGAAGUUCCCUAAACUGGCGGAAACCAUGGAAACCAUUGCAGAACAAGGUGUAGAUGCCUUUUACACUGGCCAAAUUGGGCUUGACUUGAUUGAAGACGUAAAAGCAGCAGGUGGGACCCUUACCAUGGAGGAUCUGAAGUCAUUUAGAGUCAGAUCGGAGGAUGCCUGGACUGUUCCUCUUGGAGAUUACCAGAUGCACAUCCCUCCACCUCCUGCAGGGGGAGCCAUGCUCGCCUUCAUCCUCAACCUUGUUAAAGGGUUCCAUUUCACCCCCAGGUCCAUGGAGGGGGACCAGAAGGUCCUGACCUAUCACUGCUACAUAGAGGCAGCUAAAUUUGCUAACGGACAGAGGAGGAACGUUCAUGAUCCUGUUUUCAACACUAAACAAGAUGCAUCGUAUAUGGUGAACUCUGACUUUGCUGAUCGGAUCAGGCAAUUGAUCAGUGAAGACCGUACCUAUAAUGACUCCUACUACAACAUAACACCUUCCCCUGAUCGCUUUGGGACUACACACGUGUCAGUCCUGGCUGAAGAUGGAUCUGCAGUCUCUGUCACAAGUACCAUCAACCAAAUUUUUGGUGCAGGGAUUUACUCCAGUAGAACAGGCAUCAUCCUCAACAAUGAGCUGGCUGACUUCUGUUUUAGAGCAGAAAGAUUGAGUGCAGGUGAACAGCCUCCCUCUUCAAUGGCUCCAGCUAUACUGAGCUCCAGCUCUGGGAAAAAGACCCUUGUAAUUGGGGGAUCAGGGGGUAGCAUGAUCACGACCGCCAUGGCCCUGUCCAUAAUGAACCACCUUUGGUUGGGGAUGAGUUUGAAAGAUGCCAUUGCUGCUCCUGUAGUGUUCGUCGAUGGCAACAACAAUGUGAAGUUUGAGCAUGGCUUUGAUAAGUCUGUGAUAGAGGCCCUUAAGGUCAUUGGACACAGAGUGACAGACUACCCAUACUUCUUCAACGUGGUCAAUGCUGUGGCCAAGGAGGACGGAUGCAUCAAAGCCGUGUCAGACGCCAGGAAGCAGGGCAAAUCUGCUGGCUACUGACCAAUGGGAUACCAGGACACUAAGAGUUUACCAAGACCAGGUGUGUCCUUACUAAGGUGUACAGCCAAUUAGUUGGCUUUAGAACACUGUACAGUAGGUCCAAGAGGACAGUAAUGUUAGUGAGAUUUAUUUUUUGUAAUUCUAUUAUCUUCAUAUAUGAACAUUUUAUCUAAACCAACAGUCCAGAGCCUUAAGCAGAAUCAAAUGGCCCUCUUGACAAAAUACUUAGGCACUGAAAUGGAUUGAGUUUCUAAUUUUACCAAGUACAUAAAAUUACAUGCUUGUUCUUAAUGACUAACUGUACAGUACACAUAGAUUAUAGCACAUGGGAGGUCCCGAAGGAACUGAAAUGGGGAGAGAAGGUCAGUACAGCCUGUCAGCCUGUACUAACAUGGGACUCAUACUGUGACCACAAGGACUUGUCAGAUUCAGGACAGGACAUGGUACAACAUGUUACAACUCAAUCCUCCAAGUUCAUUUAUUAGUCCCUCUCUGGAGUGUUGCAGCAAUACUCUGAGACUCACACGUUCAGAUAAAACAGGCUUUUUGCAGCCCCCUUCACUGUCAGAAAGGAGUUCCACUGCCUAAAAAUACUAAAGCACCCUUUGCUGACUCUAACAGCUACCCAAUCAGUUUGCUGCCUGAUCUUAGUAAACUGGUGGAGAGAAAUGUGUUUGACCAAAUACAAUGCUAUUUUUCAGAGAACAAAUGAACUACUGACUUUCAGCAUGCAUGUAGAGAAAAGCACUCAACUUGUACUGCGCUGACUCCGAUGACAGAUGAUUGGUUAAAAUAAAUGGAUAAUAAGAUGAUAGUUGAAGCUGUAUUGUUAGAUUUCAGUGCAGCCUUUGAUGUUAUUGAUCAUAAAUUGUUAUUGAAGAAACUCACUUUGGCUUUACAUCACCUGCCAUCACAUAGUUGGACAGUUAGUUAUCCAUUAUAACCCAGAGAGUGUUCUUCAAUGGAAGUUUCAUUAACAUCAGAUAUGAACAGUGCGGUGUCCCUCAGGACAGUUGCCUUGGGUCGUUACUCUUCUCUAUUUUUACAAAUGAUUUGCCACUGGUCUUACACAAAGCUAGAAUGACUACGUAUGUGGAGGAUUCCAAAGCCAGUGAGCUCACUGAAAAUAAAUAAAUAAAGGAUUGUCAGUUUUAGAAUGAGUGAAUAAUAAUAAUAAUAAUAAUAAUAAUAAACUGGUCUUAAAUACAUCUCAAACUAAAAGCAUUGUAUUUGGUUCAAAACAUUCUCUAAGCCCUAAACCUUAACUGGAGUUGUACAUAAAGGGUGUGACCAUUGAGCAAGUUGAGGAAGCUAAACUCCUAGGCACAGUAGGUAUAACACUGGAUGGUCAGUUAUCAUGGUCAAGUCAUAUUGACAAAGUUGUUGUGAAGAUGGGGAGAGGUAUGUCUUUAAUAAAAAGAGGUUCUGCGUUUUUGUGACAAAUCAACUUGGCAUGUAUAACAACGCAAUUAGAAAUUCCAGACAGGCUCGUUUUUCUAACUUGAUCACUAAUAAUCAGAAUAUUUAGAGAGUGAUCUUCUCCACUUCUAAACGUGAUGAGUUUGUGGCAUAUUUCAGAGAUAAGAUACCCAGCCUAAUGUUUGUUAUCAGUCAACCAAGACCUGAUGAGAAGUUUGAUAUGUGCCCUAGUCUACCACACUAUGGAUGUAUUUUCCCUGGUUGACACAGACAUGCUCAGGAAUAUGAUAUCACAAUUUAAGCCUUCUACCCGCCUUCUCAAUCCCAUCCCUACCACCUUCUUCAAAACAGUUUUUAAAAUGUCAUAUCUGAAGAAGUGCAAGCUAUUGUUAAUCACUCCCUGUUCACAGGCACUUUCCCCACUGCACUAAAAACUGCUAUUGUGAAACCCCUUCUGAAGAAAAGUCAUCUAGAUUCUUCAGCUCUUAGCAAUUUUCAGCCAGUCUCCAACCUUCCAUUCUUAAGCAAAUUCUGGAGAAAUUGGUUUUCAAACAGCUAAAAGCCAAAAUAACACCUAGCUUUUUAUCUGGUGUGUUGUCUUUAUUCCCCGUUAAUUAAAAUAUACUGCCAGAUUCUCUCUCUGUGCUUUGGUGCCAACAAUAAGUACUUUGGCCUUGUCUUGAUUUAGCUGGAGGAAGUUGUGAGAAAUCCAAGUAUUUAAAUCACUAAUACAGUCUAAUAAUUUAUCCGUGGAGCUAAAAUCCUCUGGUCACACAGAAAUGUAAAGUUGUGUAUCGUCAAGUGCCAACCGUAUUUUAGAAAAAUUCCAGUCUGGUUUUCGUGCCCACUACAGCACAGAGACAGCCUUAGUUAAGGUGGUAAAUGAUCUUAGCGCUAACACAGAUGCCAAACAGCUCUCUGUCCUUGUACUCUUGGAUUUCGGUGCUGCAUUCAACACCGUUGACCAUGAUGUCCUCUGGAUAGACUGGUGGGUUGGCCUCUGCGGUCCAAUUCUAAAUUGGUUCAGGACCUAUUUGACAGGUUGAGAGUUUUUUUGUGACCCAUGGUGAACAUAACUCAGAGAAAAUGCUACCACCUGAGGAACAUUGCCAAGGUGUGGCCAUUUCUCUCUCAGGCUGAUACAGAGAGACUCGUCCAUGCUUUUAUUAUAAGCAGGCUUGACUACUGUAGUGCUCUCCGGUUCUACACAAGAAAGCCAUUGGUCAACUGCAAAACAUACAGAAUGCUGCAGCACUGGUACCGACCAAGACCAGACGGAGAGCACACAUUACACUGGUUUUAAGGUCUCUGCACUGACUGCCUGUGAGUUUUAGAAAUUAAUUUUAAGAUUAUUGGUUUUUACUAUUGGUUUUUAAAUCAAUCCAUAAUUGUGCACCCCAAUACAUGUCAGACAUGCUUUUAAGUUAUGUACCCAGUAGGUCCCUCAGGUCCUCUGACACUGGCCUUUUAACUAUUCCAAAGCCAAGGACCAAGAGGCAUGGAGAGGCAGCCUUUAGUUACUAUGCCCCCAGCCUCUGGAAUAGCCUGCCAGAGAUCCUCUGUGGGCUGAAACUGUGGACAUAUUUAAAAGAGAUCUUAAAAACACCUUUUUAGCUUUGCUUUUCCUUAGUCCUUUUUAGUCAUUCAGUUUUUGUUAUUCUUUUUUUUAUCCUCUUAUUGUGUAGUAAAUAUUUCAGUUUUUAUGUUUUUCCUGUGAAGCACAUUGCAUUGCAUUCCAUGUCUGAAAUGUGCAAUGUGCUGUAUAAAUAAAGUUUGAUUUGUACUAGUUGUUCAGGAUCUGGUCUUGUCCCAUCUUGAUUACUGUCCAGUAAUAUGGUCAAGUGCAGCAAACGAUGACCUAGCAAAGCUGCAGCUGGCUCAAAAUAGAGCACACGCCUUGCCCUUAACUGCACAUAUAGAGCUAACAUCAUCAACAUGCAUGCCAGUCUUUACUGGUUGAAGGUUGAUGAGAGAUUAACUGAUUCUAUUCUAGUUAUGAGAAAUAUUACUGUGAAGAAAAUUGCAGAUUGUCUGCAUAAUCAAAUAACAUUCAGCUCAGACACCCAUACAUACCCCACAAGACAUGCCACCAAGGGUCUCUUCACAGUCCCCAAGUUCAAAACGAAUUCACGGCAAUGCACUGUAUUAUACAGAGCCAUGAUCGCAUGGAACUCCCUUGCAUCUCCAAUUACUCAAGCAAACAGCAAAAUUGCCUUUAAAAAACGGCUUAAACAACAUCUCAUGGAAUGGUGGGAACUCUGAGGGGACACAAACAAACUAACACACUUUUUUUGUAAUAUUGUUUGUUUAUCGUUGUAUAUUACAUUUCUGUGACUGUCCAUCAGUGUUUUGUAACUUGUCAUAUUUAGUUUUUUGUGGACCCCAGGAAGAGUAGCUGCUGCUUCUGCCAAAGCUAAAGUGGGAUCCAAAGAAAAAAUCGUACAUUAUAAUAAAAUCAAUGUCUGAAAUAACAAGUAAAUUGGUCAGAGUUCUGAAUGCCAUUGUGCAAUCUUACAGAACCUAUAAUAACACGUGUGACCAGAAUGUGAAAAAUAAUGUACAGACAGUGAGAGUACUGUAUUAGCUUUUGAUGUAUUGCAUUGACAUCACCAGGGCCUGUUGUCACAUGUACAGGUUUAUAUGGAUCCCCUCCAGGUCUAUUAAAACUUUAACGAAUGAGUAAUGAUCUCUAAAUUGGAUCCUCCCAGGCACUAGAUGUGAAUUAUGAAAACAUGCAAAUAUACUACCCAGUGUUGGGUGUUGGUGUCUGGUGUUCAUGUGGGAUCAUUUGGAGUAAAGGAGCUCAGUCUUUGGUAUAGAUGUAGGAUCUUAAUUUGAGUGUCACGUCCUGACCAUAGUGAAUGUUUAUUUUCUAUGGUGGAGUGGUCAGGGCAUGACAGGGGGUGUUUGUCUGUUUUUGUAUGUCUGUUUUUGUAUGUCUAUGUUCAGUUUCUAGUUUUGCAUUUCUAUGUUGGUGUUGUUUGGCAUGACCUCCAAUUAGAGGCAGCAGGUUGUCAUUGUCUCUAAUUGGAGGUCCUAUUUAAGUUGUUUGUUUCACAUGUGUUUGUGGGUGAUUAUUCGUUGUGAGUGUAUUUGAUCCUCCUGCGUCACAGUUUGUUGUUUUGUGUAUAUUUUGAAGUGUUUUAUUGUUGCAUUCGGUUUCACUGGUUAAAUAAAUAUGUGGAACUACGAAAA